GCCUUGGGCCUCCUCCUCCCCAGAUGAGAGAGAUGUAUUCAUCCUUUCAUUCAGCAGCUCUCAACUGGCGCCUCGUAAGUGCCGGGAACUGUUCUCGAAAUGGGGAAUGCCAUGGAGAUACAUAGACCUGGUUCUGCCCUCAUGGAAUUAACAGUCUCGUCAGAGAGGCGGUCUUACAAGAGUGAAUCAGAAAUAGUGAAACAUUUCAGACAGUGAUGUGUACUAUGGUGACAGUGAAACAGGGAAGAUGUGAGUGGGACUGGGAGGGGGUGGCUCUGGGGAUGGUUCACAGACAGCUCCUCUAAGAGGCGUUGGCAUUUGGUGAGGAGCUGGGGGAAGAGGAUUCCAGACAGAGGGACCCGAAAACGCCAAUCCCUGAGGCUGGGACAGAAGAAAGGUCUGUAUAGCUGGAGAGGAGCAAGUUUGGGGCAGGUGACGGGCCCUGAGGCCAGACGGGGACCGCCAGACAGGGACCUGGGACCACCAGACGGACCGGGGACCGCCAGACAGGGACCUGCGUCAGAUCCUGUUGGGCCUUGAGGACUGUUGGGAGCCAGACAGGAAACGUUUCAAGCAGGAGCAUGGCUCUGCGAAAGAUGGCUGCAGGUGCUGUGUGGAGAAUGUUCUAGACGAGAAAGCAGGACCGGGAGGCCAGGAAGGAUGGCCCUGUGAUCCCUUCCACAGAUGCUUCUGGGGCCAUCACUGUUCCACCUCUGAAGACAGAGCCAGGAACAGGAGAGGCAAAUGGGUAGUGUCCCUGCUCUCCUGGGGCUCGUGUUCUGGUUGGGGAAACAGACAAUACACAAGUUUAAAAAGAAUUCAGAGAGAGGAGUGCUAUGAAGAAAAUAGCAGGGUGAUGUGAGAAAGCAUUGAGAGUGGGGGUCCUUGUGGGCGGCUAGGCAGGGAGGCGUUCUCUGAGGAGGGGACAUCUGAACGGAGACCUGAGCGAUGAGGAGAUGGCAGCGUGGAGGGCUGGGCAGACAGAAUGUUAGUGCAGACGCUCUGAGCCAGGACCGUGCGAGGCAAGUGGGAGCUCAGAAAGGUGGCGGGGGAGGGCGGGAGUGAGAAGCCAGGGAGGAAGGCUCCUGAGCCCAGCCCAGCACCCUGUAAGCCUCCAGAGCUGCUCCAACGCCCGCCCCAGCUGAUGUCACGCCCAGCAAUGAACAGACCGUUCCCCCUUACCCGCCCAGGGUGGCCCUGACCCAGCCCUCAUGUCCCUGCCCUCAGGCAUCUGCGGCUUCCUGACCUUUGGCGCUUCUGUGGACCCCGACGUGCUCCUGUCCUACCCCUCCAACGACAUGGCCGUGGCUGUGGCCCGCGCCUUCAUCAUCCUGAGCGUGCUCACCUCCUACUCCAUCCUGCACUUCUGUGGGCGGGCGGUGGUCGAGGGCCUGUGGCUGCGCUACCAGGGGGUGCCGGUGGAGGAGGACGUGGGGCGGGAGCGGCGGCGGCGAGUGCUGCAGACGCUGGUCUGGUUCCUGCUCACCCUGCUCCUGGCGCUCUUCAUCCCUGACAUCGGGAAGGUCAUCUCCCUCAUCGGAGGCCUGGCCGCCUGCUUCAUCUUUGUCUUCCCAGGGCUCUGCCUCUGGAACUCUGCUGGAAGCCUCAACACCCUUCUGGAGCUGAAGACAGGUGGCUGGGGUUUUGGAGUAAGAAACAGAAGGAGCAACUAUCAGCUGAAGGGUGAUACUCCGAUCGAGUUUGGUUACUACUGCGGCCUCAUUGGCAACGAGUAA